GGCUUAUAAUAUGUUACGUCUCUAUAUGUAUGGAAUUGUUAGAUCAUUGUGAGAUGAUAACACCACAUUUUAAGUAGCAACAAGGUAGUGUCAAGUCAGUGAGAAAUGCUGGACCAAUUAAAAGACUCAGGUGCACUUCACUACAUGUCCCAUCAUGCACAUCGAAGGGGGCGUAGUCGCUGUAAGUACAUGGCAAAUUCCUGCAGACAGUGAGGAUGAAGAGCUCUUAAUCAGUAGAUUAAAGCCAUUUAAUUGAUUAUUUUGAUUGUGCUAUUCGUUCUACCUUAAAACGAUGACUUCAAAGGACCCGAGUGCGUCAAAUAGUGCCUUGCUUUAUUUGAUUUAUCAGCAUUUAAAGGAGAAUGGUUACCAGAAGGCUGCAAACGUGCUGAAAAAACAUGUAACUCAGAUGGAAGCACCAGAAGAGAUCACCUCUUUACAUGACAUCUACACAAGUUGGACCAAGGUCUCGGACAUUGGACAAAAUCCAAAACAAGAGCCUGAAGUGGAUUCCACCACCCUGAAGAAGAUUAAGGCCGAUCCAUCAACCAAAGAAGAAGAAGAUGUGGACUCAAAACCAAUUGAUUCUCUACCUCCUGCCCCCCACACACCCCAGGGUGCAACCCCAGAGAAUGAGGAGCCGGUCCCACAGGAUGAGUUGUCAUCUACUCCAGUCAGUAACGGGACAGUGGAAACAUCAGCCCCUGUACCAGCGGUCACCCCUUUAAAACCAGCAGUGAGCUCAGACAGCGACUCUGAGAGCAAGGAGGAGAUUCCCCUCACACAGGGAGAUACUGUCACCCCAAAGGCCUCUUCAGCUGUCCCUACCACCACGCCCUCAAAACAUGUAGACGGGAACAGCGAAUCAGACAGUGAGAAUGAGAUUCAUCCAUCACAGACUGUUGUCAUUCCCAGUAAGGCCUCAGCUCCCAGUAAGGCCUCAGCUCCCAGUAAGACUCCAGCCAUCCCCACAGCUCCCAGUAAAGCAGAGAGUUCAGACAGUGAAGAGGAGGUUACUGUCAAAAAACUAGCAUCUACGGCUGCUCUUAUGAAACCAGCCAAGGCGAUCCCAGCAGCCCCAGUAAAGCCCAGUGUAGUCACCCCCAGUCAGGCUACAGUUGCUCCCAAGACUCCUGCUGCAGGGAAGAAAACACAGAGCUCUGACAGCGACAGCUCUGACUCAGACAGUGAGGAGGAGGCUCCUAAAAAGAAACCUGUGGCGACACCCAAAGCCAAGCCUGUGGCUGCAACUCUGGUCAAGGCAGAAGCAGUGAAAUCCACCCCUAUUAAAAAAAACAGCUCAGACAGUGACAGUGAUGACACUGAGGAGGAGGCUCCUGUAAAAAAUCCUGCACUGACACCCAAAGCUGCUCCUGUGAAACCAGCAAAGGCGAGCCCAGCAGCCCCAGUGAAGCCCAGUAUAGUCACCCCCAGUCAGGCUACAGCUGCUCCCAAGACUCCUGCUGCAGGGAAGAAAGCACGGAGCUCUGACAGCGACAGCUCUGACUCAGACAGUGAAGAUGAGUUAACUGUAAAGAAAUCAACACAGACCCUGAAAGCUGCUCCUGUGAAACCAGCCAAGGCGAUCCCAGCAGCCCCAGUGAAGCCCAGUAUAGUCACCCCCAGUCAGGCUAAAGCUGCUGCCAAUACUCCUGCUGCAGAGAAGAAAGCACAGAGCUCUGACAGCGACAGCUCUGACUCAGACAGUGAAGAUGAGUUAACUGUAAAGAAAUCAACACAGACCCUGAAAGCUGCUCCUGUGAAACCAGCCAAGGCGAUCCCAGCAGCCCCAGUGAAGCCCAGUAUAGUCACCCCCAGUCAGGCUACAGCUGCUCCCAAGACUCCUGCUGCAGGGAAGAAAGCACGGAGCUCUGACAGCGACAGCUCUGACUCAGACAGUGAAGAUGAGUUAACUGUAAAGAAAUCAACACAGACCCUGAAAGCUGCUCCUGUGAAACCAGCCAAGGCGAUCCCAGCAGCCCCAGUGAAGCCCAGUAUAGUCACCCCCAGUCAGGCUACAGCUGCUCCCAAGACUCCUGCUGCAGGGAAGAAAGCACGGAGCUCUGACAGCGACAGCUCUGACUCAGACAGUGAAGAUGAGUUAACUAUAAAGAAAUCAACACAGACCCUGAAAGCUGCUCCUGUGAAACCAGCCAAGGCGAUCCCAGCAGCCCCAGUGAAGCCCAGUGAAGUCACCCCCAGUCAGGCUACAGUUGCUCCCAAGACUCCUGCUGCAGAGAAGAAAGCACAGAGCUCUGACAGCGACAGCUCUGACUCAGACAGUGAGGAGGAGGCUCCUAAGACUCCUGCUACAGUCAUAGAGGCAGCUCCCAGUAAGGCCUCAGCUCCCAGUAAGGCCUCAGCUCCCAGUAAGGCCUCAGCUCCCAGUAAGACUCCAGCCACCCCUACAGCUCCCAGUAAAGCAGAGACCUCAGACAGUGACACCUCAGACAGUGAAGAGGAGGUUACUGUCAAAAAACCUGCACAGACACCCAAAGCUGCUCCUGUGAAACCAGCCAAGGCGAUCCCAGCAGCCCCAGUAAAGCCCAGUGUAGUCACCCCCAGUCAGGCUACAGUUGCUCCCAAGACUCCUGCUGCAGGGAAGAAAACACAGAGCUCUGACAGCGACAGCUCCGACUCAGACAGUGAAGAGGAGGCUCCUGUAAAGAAAACCACCCCAGUCUCAACCCCAAGCAAGGCCAAAGCCUCUCCUAAGACCCCAGCAGCAGCUGCUAAGAUGGAGACUGACAGCUCAGAUUCCUCUGACAGUGAGGAUGAGGCUCCAGCCAGGCAGGCCCCUGCCAAGCCCACUUCCAGCCCGGCUAAAACCACACCCAAGGCCCCUGCUGCAGCUAAGAAGGCCGACAGCUCGGACAGUGAUGAGUCUGACACUGAGGAGGGCAAGCCAGCUAAAAAGGUCACUGCUACCUCCGUAGCCAAACCUUCAACUCCAGUACAGGAGGAGGACAAAGAUUCCUCAGACAGUGAGGAUGAAGAAACACCAUCGAAGGUUGAAGCUGUUCCAGUCAUACCUACAACUGAAACAGCAGCUGAGGAAAACAGCAGUGAUGAUCCAACCGAUAUUGAAGGAUCUCCUCCUGAAGUCCCUGAGGUAGACACACCCCCUGCCUCUGGGCCAGAGAGUGCAAAGGAGGAGGAGGACCCAGAGAGUCCCCAGAAGGUCCUAAAGACGGACACUUCGUCAGAGAAGCCCAAGACAGAGGAUCAGAUAGUGACCUCUACAACAUCAGAGGACAAGAGUGACACCCCUGAACUCCCAUCAGAAGCCCCUGCUACGGCUGCUGAGAUCAGAACUGCUUUCGAAGAGGAGUCAAAGGAGUGUGUUGACCCAGUUAUCACCAAUUCAGCAUCUGAAGACUUGGAGCCUGAAAAAGUGACCAUUGAGACAAUUGUUGAGACAAUCCCCACAGAGACAGAGGAGCCAAACACUGAUACCCCAACACCUGGAUCAAAGAGGAAGAGGAGUAAGGAGACAACGGACGCAACUCCCAAGAAGAAGAAGAUGAAGAAGAAGAAGAAGGGGGAGGUUGAAGAGAAUGGGCAGCCUGCAGUAGAGGAGGAUGGUGAUGAGUCCAGUCUGGACACAAAGGGGUUGGAGCUGACUCCAUCAGACGAUUCCAAGGUGGAUACCACCCCGGCUUCAGAGUCUGGCUCCACCACUCUUGUUCUGUCAGCAAAGUCACUCAAGAAAAGGAAAAGAAAGAGGGUGAAGAAAAGAAGAGGUGCGAAGGCCGAGAGGGAGUCACCGGAAGAGGACGAAAAAACAGACUUCGUCCCAAAAAAAAUAAAAAUAAAAAAGAGCAAGAAAAACACAGCAUCCAACCUGACACCACCAACCAACAACCAGACCAAGGAAACUCCAAAGACCACAGCUGCUAAGAGGCCUCUUCCUCCCACCCCUGAGCCGGAGGAGCUAGAGACUCCCAAAAAGAAGAAGAAGAAGAAGAAGAAAGUUGCAGAGAAAAGGAGCGCUGUGAAGGAAAAUACAACUCCAGGCAUUGAAACAAAGAAGAAAAAGAAGAAGGCUGCUAAAGCUGAAAACACUGUGAAAGACUCUGCAAUCUCAACUCCUGAACCGAGCCUUACACCAGAGACCCCCAAAAACAAAAAGAAGAAAAACAAGCUGACAGAGAAAAAGGAGAAAAUUAAAACUGCAUGGAAAACACCAGUAAAAGCCUCAACAGGACUUUUGCCUAACACAGAAGUGACUAAGAACAAUAAGUCCUCCAAAAAGAAAUAAUCCAAUGGUGAAAUUUGAGGAGAUGGUGGAUAUCUUCUCCAGGGAAUGAAGUGGAGCUGCCAACGUCAAUCAGAAGACCACCUGGUGCCUGAGGUUUCAACCAAAAGAAGGGGAAACUGGAGUUCUGGCCUGUACAUGUACUUUAGGUUCUACACAUGUAUUUUAGGGGAACAUCUGUAUUGUGUUACUAACAACACAAUCUAUGUUUUAACCAUAUAUUCUAUAAGCUUGCUAAACCAGGCAUGUAUUGACAUGAAAAAGGCAAAAUAAUCAUACCAUUCUAUUUGAAAUGUUGAAUAAACGGGACACAGAAACUAACACAUUUGCACAGCCUGAUGGAACGUAAACCCAUCGUCAGUGUAUUUGCCAAGUCCUAACCCAUGAUAAAACAAUCAUUAGGUAUUAAUAUGUCCUUGGUCUAGCAUUGCUGUCUUGAUAAUGUUGUAGGGUGUAGUACUCUUGCAUGUUGUGGGUUUUCCUUUUUGUUCUUUAAGCUGUGAACACUUCCACAUAAUUGUGUAUAAGGUAAGGGAUUGUUAGGACUCAAAAUGGGGAACACUUGUAGCAAAUGUCACUCCAAAUACUGUACUAUGCACCUCACGAAUCCUAUUGCUGAGCCCAUAGCCUUGUGUUUUAGCACUUAUGUUAGACCCAUACACCUAUGCAGAGGAAGGUUCUGGGGGACCAGAGGAGGAUAGCUGAUCUGACUGACUCAGAGAAUUUGCUGAACUCCCAUGUUUACAAAUCAGUAUUUGUGUCACAUUCUUGUGAAAACAAACUUUUCUUCCAUUUGUCAUUUUCUGAUUGUUCAUUAUCAAUAAAAAUGGUUUAAUCUCUUAA